CCCUACCUCGCUGACAUGUCCUUGCCCUGCCAGUGUCUCUGACGCCGUCUGCGAGAUCCUCCGAAGCAAGUUCGUGACGCUGCCGCCCAUCCGGGACUCGGGCAAGCGCCAGGUCAUCCUGCUCCACACCCGGCGGCUCUCCAGCAAGUCGGACCAGGGCAAAUUCGACAGCAUGGACAUCAUGCGGGCUCUCUGGCUCGUGCUGGAGAUGGCCUCCGAAGACCGCCUCACGAUCAUGUAUGGCGUUACCAUCAUCAAUGACGCCACCGGUGCUGGAUGGGACAACUUGAGCCCGGGACUUCCCAAGCUACUGAUCAGCUCCCUCCAGAACCGCUUCCCCCUGCGGAUCGGACGAAUCUACGUGUUGUACCCGACCCAGAUCAUGAAGCUCUUCUGGACGACGAUCAAGUCCCUACUCAAGACCAAGCUGAUGUUCCGGGUCGUGCUGCUCGAAAACGAAAACGAUGCCUCGCAGGUUCUCAUCAACGACUUUGGCCUCGAGUGUCUGCCCGAGUUCAUGGGAGGCAAGGUUCCCUUUGACGAAGCCCAGUGGACCGAGGAGAUCCUGUUGACGGUGCUGCAGGCCGACAGCCAAACCAAGACAACGGUGCUCAACCGCCAGCUUUCCAACAACCGAAAGAAUGUCGUGAUCGCCCCCAAGCCGCGAGUCAACACUCAAAUCCAGGGGCUGUUGGACCAGCUGCCUCCCUCCUAGAACCAUAUCAUCUCGACCCAGAUCACAGCGGGGAAGAGAGCGAGGACACGAUCCUAGCCCUCAGACCCUGGCCCUCACGCCCUGGCCCUCACGCCCUGGCCCUCACGCCCUGGCCCAGACAAGAACAAUUCGACACAUGUACAAACAAAGCACCUCGACGGCAUUCAAUAUCUCCCGCCUGAUCACCACUCACGGCGCAUCGUACAUCGCAUGCCAUACUCUAUCCACCGUGUUUCUGCCUCCGCUCCCCUGCCCUUCUUCCAGAAUUCAUACGGCCAAGC